AUGGCGCUGCCAUUCCUGCUCUCCCAUACACCCGAGUCGAGCUCCACGGAGGGCCUCAGCCUUAGGCAGAUCUCGUACUUCGGCAGGGUUCUUAUAAAGCCAUCGAGCGUCGACUUCGCUCUCUCCUUUGUCCGAGAUAGCUUCUCCUUGCUGGAUGUCUGCAUUGAUGCGACAGCCUUCACGGAUGUGGCAGACAUCGUCGACGUUCUCAACACUGGAGCAAUCCUUGCCUUUGUAACGCUUGACCAGCUCCAGACGCUUUCAAGAGAGCAGAGUGUCCCUUCGUCACGAAUAGUGGUGCUCGUAUCAUCUGCUUCUGAAGUGCUUGAAUUGAAGAAGUGGGUGGCUGAAGAUGCUGAGCGGAAAGAGAUUGGCGUCAAUUGCGCUUCGUCCGAGGCAUUGGAUACUGUUGUAUCCGAAUUGUCAGACGACUCUUCCGUUAAGACGAUCUAUAGGUCCAACGAUGGCUCAACAAGUCAGACGGCCCUCCUGACUAGCGAGCAGGAGGGUGUUGUUAGCAUUAUUCCUUCUGCUAUUCUGUCUGCAGAGAAAGAAGAGCUUUCACCCGCAAAGUUCCUGGUUGCUGGAGCUGUUCCAGAUAGCAACACCGGGUUAUAUGCUACCACUGUCACAGAUGAGCGUGGAAUCUCGCUAGGACUUGUCUGGAGCAGUGACAAGAGCGUUGUUGAAGCCAUUAGGACCGGAACUGGGGUGUAUCAGAGCCGGAAACGCGGACUUUGGUACAAAGGAGCCUCGAGUGGUGACACCCAGGAACUUGUCCGAGUUGGCUUGGACUGUGACAAUGAUUGCCUUGUCUUCGUAGUUAGACAGAAAGGGAGAGGCUUCUGUCACCUCGGAACUGCUAGCUGCUUUGGGGCAUAUAAUGGCCUUUCCCGCCUACAGCAUACCCUGCAAACUCGGAAAGAAAGUGCACCCCCUGGAUCGUAUACCUCUCGUCUAUUCAAUGACCCCAAAUUGUUGGAAGCCAAGAUAAUGGAGGAAGCGGAAGAGUUAUGUCAAGCGUCAGAAAAGGAAGAAGUUGCCUCUGAAGCUGCCGAUUUGAUUUACUUUGCUCUUACAAAGUGCAUUUCCUCUGGCGUGUCUCUUGAAGAUGUCGAGAGAAAUCUUGACCUAAAGAGCCUAAAGGUGAAGAGAAGACAGGGGGAUGCAAAACCUGCGUGGUCUGAGAAACUUGGCCUCGCCUCUACCAAGGGGGGUUCCGGAGAACCAGCCAAAGAGGAUGCUAAACCCAAACCUCCAGCUGCAGAAGCAGAUGGAAAAAUUACAAUGAAAUGUUAUUUCACUGCAUCAACUCCACCAAAGGUCGUCCGAGAGGCUCUCCAAAGGCCUUCCCAAAAAUCCAACGAUGCAGUUGUCAACCUCGUUCGCCCCAUAAUUCAAGAUGUUCAGCAGAAUGAAGAUGCAGCAGUGCUCAAGUAUACCCACAAAUUCGAAAAGGCUACCUCCUUAACAUCACCUGUGCUGCUUGCUCCUUUCCCUGAAGAUUUGAUGAAAUUGUCUCCCGAGACUAAGGCCGCCAUUGACGUCAGCUACGAAAAUAUCCGGCGCUUCCACGCCGCCCAGCAAGAUGAAAAGCCGCUAUCUGUUGAAACCAUGCCGGGAGUAGUCUGCUCACGCUUUGUCCGUCCCAUCGAAAAGGUUGGCUUGUACAUACCCGGAGGCACGGCUGUACUGCCUUCAACCGCACUUAUGCUAGGCGUUCCUGCCAUGGUUGCCGGAUGCAAGAAUAUUGUAUUUGCAUCUCCGCCACGCUCCGACGGCAGUAUCUCUCCAGAGAUUGUAUACAUUGCCAAAAAGGUCGGAGCUGAUAGCAUUGUGCUUGCUGGUGGGGCCCAGGCUGUUGCAGCCAUGGCCUACGGCACCGAAAGCAUUACCAAAGUAGACAAGAUUCUCGGCCCAGGAAAUCAGUUUGUAACAGCUGCCAAGAUGUUCGUGUCAAACGAUACUUCUGCCGGCGUGGGUAUCGAUAUGCCCGCAGGACCUAGCGAGGUCCUCGUUAUCGCUGAUAAACACGCAAAUCCUGUCUUUGUUGCGUCAGACUUACUCAGUCAAGCAGAACACGGCGUUGAUUCUCAGGUUAUACUUAUCGCGGUCGACUUGAACGAAGCUGAGCUCAAGGCCAUUGAAGACGAACUUCACUCACAAGCCAUGGCUCUACCACGAGUAGACAUUGUUAGAGGAUCAAUAGCCCACUCCGUGACCUUUGUUGUCAAAAAUGUGGAGGAGGCCAUGACUCUGAGCAACGAGUAUGCCCCUGAGCAUCUGAUUCUCCAACUCAAGAAUGCAGCAGAUGUUGUUCCGCUUGUGCAAAAUGCCGGAAGUGUCUUUAUUGUGUUGGUGACUACUCUGCUGGCGUCAACCACUCCCUAC